CUCAACUCCCCUCCUACAUACUAACUUAGAUGCUCGACACACUCCUCACCUACACCCAGAUCUGACGAGUCCAGGUCGGCACCUGCGCUAUUCGUUUGCUGUGGCCAUCACAUCAGGAGACUCCAAUCAGCCUGCGAGCACACAAGCCUCCCAUUUCAAGGCGUGGCGCACUGGAACGCGGUCCGUCCUCAAUCGAGCAUGACAUGACGUCUUGACCAUGGACGGCGACCCUCCAUUCGCCAAGAGGCGCCACAUCCUGUCGUCUUUCAACCAAGACCGGCCGAUAGAGGAAUCCGCAAGACGCAACAAGGAAGAUGCGAAUGAGGGGACACAUGAGCACGGUGUCUCCCCGCGUACAAAGCGCUCCCCGCCCUCGGACCCAGUGCCCAAGGAUGCUGAUGGGGAUCCGUUGCGGCCGAGGAAGACGCGUUUGAAGCUUAAGAAACACAGACAUCGCCGUCGAUCACGGUCGCGCAGUGACCCCCCACGACUACAUGACGGAGAGAGCGGCGAUCAUACGACAGGCGACCGGCACCGACACCGGCGACGGCACCACCGGCGACGCAGAUCGCCGACGCCCCCAAAUAUUCACGAAGCGCCGCCCCUGGACCCCGAGGCGGCAUUUCGGGAGUCUCUGUUCGAUGCCAUGGCUGACGACGAGGCGGCUCUGUACUGGGAGAGCGUCUACGGCCAGCCGCUUCACAUAUACUCGAACGAAAGGGUCGGCCCGCAAGGCGAGCUCGAGCGUAUGACUGAAGAGGAGUACGCCGCUCACGUGCGACAAAAGAUGUUUGAAAAGACCCACGCCGGCAUACUGGAAGAGCAGGCGCGGCGGGAAGAGCGCAGGCGACAACGGGAGCAGGUGGAGCGGGAGCGGCGCAGGACGCAUGACAGGGAGGACAAGCGGCAGCGCGAGCUGCACGGGGAAAUGGAGCGCAGCCUCCGCCGCGGUCGGGAGCGCAGGGAGCGAAAGACGUGGGCCGGGCUGUGGGAUCGGUAUACAGCGGCUUGGGCGACGUGGGAUGGCGAUGCUAAGGAAGUGCCGUGGCCAGUCAGGGACGGUGAGCGCAAGUCGAUCGACGACGACAACGUGCGGACCUUUCUUGUGCAUGGGCUCAACCUACGGGAAGUUGGUGAGAGUGCUUUCGCUGCCAAGCUUAGAGAUGAGCGCGUGAGAUGGCACCCGGACAAGAUACAGCAGCGGCUGGGAGGGCGCGUGGACAGCGAGGUGAUGAAGGAUGUGACGGCGAUAUUUCAAAUCAUCGACCGGCUAUGGGGCGAGAUGCGAGCGAACAAGAAGUGAAGGGAAGGGAAGCAUUGCGAGAUGGGUUUGACAGCAUGACAUGGAGUUUAAGAUACCCUUAACUAGUUUUCAGGUUUUAGAUUACGAACAGAGCUUACACGGUCG